UCUUCAGUUUGUCAGGAAAUGACAGGAAUCCAUUAUAUGUUUAUUAUUCAGUGAGGGAAGGGUUAACCUCUCAGGUCCUCUUUAAACUGAGAAGGAGGUACUGCUGGGAUCUAGCUGAAACUGGCUGAGCCCUCCCUACCAGCUACUUCCUUGUAAGGAAACCAAACUGCGCAACAAGCAGACUGGUCUGCCACUGUGAUUACACAGGACCUGUAGAGGGGUCCAUCUCAAUUGCCAGGAACGGGUGAGCUCACCUUCUGUAAAAUAUGUGUUUGUUGUUGAAGAAUACGUUUUGAGUGAAUUUAAAUGGGUGUGUAGUUGUUUCAUGCUCUCAAAAAGAAAUGAUGUAAUCAAAUGUAAUUACAAAAUAGUAAAUAAAUAGAUUAUAUGGAACAAUUCAUACUGCAAAUUGAAGUUCAACAGUUAUAAAAUCUAUGCAAACAUUUGUCAUGGUUUGUUUACAUUCUCUCGUGAGUCAGGGGGAGGGAUUUGAGUGUUUUUCGGGAACACCCAAUGGUUGAGUUCGUUUUGCAUGGCUGGGUGCCCCUGGUGGGCAGACUUUGCUUAUUUUCGACUAUUCCAUUGGUCCUUAAGUGAAAUCUCCACUCACCCGGGGCACCGGGCCACGCAAAACAAACUCCACCACUGACAGAGGGAUGUGUAACUCCUGGAUAGUACUUUAUUUCACAGUACUGUUUAAGCUCCUUUACUAGGACAUUAUAUGGUAUGGGUACUUUCUGCUGCUAACUAAAAAUAAUGAAACACUAUUUGUAAAUACAUGUAGCCUACUUGGUACAAAAUGGGUGGAGAGCUUUCUAAUGCAAAAUGGCUGCCAUUGAUGGCAUCACCCAGGUGAGUGCUACACAUUGUAAGUGGAUGAUGUGAGUUUCCCCCAUAUAUAUCUAAGUAAACAAUCGGUAGCCUAAAUUCUUUACCCUAAGGUGCUGCUGUACUGAAUUAAUUGAAUGCAUAAGUUAAUUGAGCAACAUGGUCAUACAAUUGCUGUUUCAAGUCAUUUCCCAGAAGAGGGGGUUUUAUGUUGUGCACUUCCUGCUCAGAUGUAGCAGAGGCUCUACACCCACUCAUCACCACACUAUCUCCUAUCAGCUUUCAAUGAGGCAAGAGAUUACCACAAUGAGGGAUGGAACCUGUUUGUCACUAUAACCCAAUAAACACAGUAGCAGUGACAGUAAGAGUGCCCUUAUUUAGGGCAGGUUCAGAGUGUGCUGUACAAUGCAAUACAUCCUCUAACGAAAUGCAUAGGUGGUCCUUUAAAAAAGUUGUAUCCUACAGAUACAACACAGACAUGAUCAGAUGUUAUUGGGAUGAAUGUGCACCUUUUAACAUCAUGACUCAUAAGGCAACACAGUUCUUUUAACAUGAAGAUUAUUGUUCUGCCUUCUCUUUUAUCUUAGAGCUGUGUAACCAAGAGUGACCAGCAUGUCAGUGACUGUGACCAAAGGCGAAGGGGUGACUGUGUUCACCGUGAACUCUAAAGAAGGAAGCAGUUGGCCCCUGCUGUGUCAAAUACUUGGGACCCUGUGCUACAGCCCAGCAUGCUCUGUGUCCCAGGGAUUGAGGAGGCUCCAAGCAAGUUCCCAGUCAGCUCUGGGGGUGGGUGAACUAAAAUAACACACAGACCAGAUGUGCGCACACACACCACAACAUACAUGUCUAUCAUCAGUAUUGUCUAUCAUCACUGGGUCACAAUUGUCAUCGGAAGUGAGAGAGAUUUAUCGAAAAUUAUUAUUUUCUUAUUUCACAGACUAUACAGAUCAUGGUGGGAGUACUCAACAUUGGCUUGGGAGCGAUCCUUGUUAGCACUGAUUAUUCUGGCCUACUGCGAUGGAAUGGGACCCCUUAUUGGCUUGGUGGUGUGGUAAGCUUACUUUAUUUUGUUAUCUUUUACCAUGUUAUCAUGUUUAGUAUGAAAGCACAUGAUUUCACUUGGAGUUAUAACCACAAUAAACAAAGGAAACAUAUAAGUCACUUUAUUUAUUUUUUAAUUUCGGCCUUCCUACCCACACUUAAGUAGUCUUUUUUAUCAAAUGAAAGGUUAAAGUCAAAUGUCUGUGUAUUUUCUUGCGAAAUGUUUGUUAAUUAUCAGGACAAAUAAUGUGUCGGUUGUGUGUAUUUGAUUUUGAUAUUUGUGUGCCCUCUCCUUAGUUUAUAGCAGUUGGCAUCAUGUGUAUCUUGGCUGAGAAGUUCCCCAGUCCCUGCUUGGUGAGUUGUUCACUGAUGCACAUACCUUAACUGUUUCCUGUCAUUCCUUAGCCUCAUUCCCUUCCUCCAUUGAACAAUCAUUCAAUCUGAUCCAGUUGAAUUAUAAUCAUCAACUGAAUAUCUGAGACAACUGGUACUCAGUGGUUUACUCAAUUGAGUCAAACUGGUUUUGUAUUCCCUGAUUGUGUUUUAGGUGGGCAUCAAUGUGUUAAUGAACCUGUCAGGUGCUGCUCUGGCCAUUACUGGGAUUGUGCUGUAUUCUGUAGACCUAGCAAACAACCAUUUCUGGUGGAUUUGCAAUGAGGACAACUACAACUGGCGAGAGGAAUACUAUAGCGGCCAGGUGACAAAACCACCCAAUGAUCAGCAGAGGGAUAGACUCUUGGAGAAAUGCAAAGAUGCCAAGCAGAUUGCACAGGUGAGUGCUUUUGAAUUAAGUUUUUUGAUUAGAUGGUUAGAUGGAUCAAACUGCUUAAUUUAGUAAUGAACAUGUGUGUCCUUAAACAGCGCUAGUGGGUACCAUGUUUAAAAGCACACUCUAAUAGCUGGGAUGCCAGUCUUUCUGUAUUUUCCAGUGUUCACCAACACAGCUAUCUUGCUAAACAAUCCAGUCAACUGUCAAUAUGUUCAAAUCCUCCUCCAUGUGUUUCCGUUCUACCAUUAGAUGUUGAUGAAUGCCUUGGACAUCGUGCUCAUCGUCCUUGCAGUCCUUCAGCUUUGUGUUACCAUCAGCUCUGCUGUCUUGGGUCUCAAGGCUUUGCACAAGAAUGGAAAGGAGGGAAAACAGGUAUGAACAGAGAACCCUUGAACAGAGCGAAUAAAACGGCCAUACAAAUGGAAGUAGAAUACGGAUUUGUAGAUACACACACACACACACACACAACCAAGGUAAUGUUUGUUGUGUCCUGCCAAGUAAUGUGUAACUUUGCACUGAUAUGUUGCAGAACAUCCAGGACCUGGAGCAGUACAAGCCUCUGCUGGAGGAGGUCACCACUAACCCUGCAGCUUAAAGACAGCACUGAUCUGAUAUACUUUAUUGUCUCAGAGGGGAAAUUUGUCAUGGACGAUUAAAGAGUGCUGCUGCUUCCACAUGGAAUACAUAAAUACAUAGAAUCAAAUGUAUUCAACAUACAUAGAAUAACAUCAUCAUCAUACACCCCCGCCACACCCACAAAUGUUUUUUUUAUAUACACACAGUAUGUAGUACAUGUAGUUUACUUACUUCCUUAAUUUACUGUAAAGCCUACUGUGACUUGCUUUGUUUAAAUGAUAACUGACACUGAUUGUAUGUCUUCAUGCAGUUUUAGUCAUGUUUUUUGUAUUUGUCAUUUUUUAAAAACUGGACAGUUAUAAAGGGGAAUAUAUCAAGUUAAUUACUGAAUUGACUGUUGUAUAUGAUUUUUUUUGUUGGAGUAUUUCAAUAUUUCCUUACCUUAUCUUUUAUUCUGUUCCCCCCAAAAAAUAAACAAACUGUCUUAGCUCAUCAGUUUCAAAAUAGUUUUACUUAACUUUGCCAUCAGGUGGCAGUCAUUCCCCUACAAACCUACACCAUUGGUUGCUCAUGUUUAAAAUAAAGGGAAACACCAACAUCAAGUGUCUUAAGGUCUAAGCCCCUAGGUUGCAAUAUCUACUAAGCUAACACAUGGAAUUGUUUUAAGAUGGUCAU